CGAGCUCGCAGUGAAACAGGACUGGCUGGUAAAUUGCUGCAAUUGUUCCAGGGACGAGCUUUGCGUCUACAAAUGCCCAGGCAAUUGAGCAUUUCCAAUGCCAUUGAUGACUUUGGCAGUGAACUGGGUCUCGAUCAAGGUCGCAAGAAGAAGGACAAAGAUAAGCACAUGGCCAUGAUGGGCGGCAUGAUCAUGAUGGCCACACUCGCACAAAUGUUCCUUGGCAAGGUGAUACUGAUAGCUGGAUCCGCCUUCAUCAUGGCCAAAAUAGCCCUCGUCAUAUCGCUGCUGGGUAGUCUAAAAAAGGGCACGACUGGUCACAGUGGUAGCUCCGAUCACGUCAUCAUAGCGGGCGGACAUAGCCAUGAGAGCGGCUGGCAUCGUAGCAUGCCCACACAUGGUCACAGUUCUGCCCAACAAAUCGAACAAAUCGAAGAGCCACCAGAUCUGGAUCACGAUCAGGCAUACUAUGCCUAUGAGGCCGAACCCUUGGAUCGUCGCCAAUUCGCACAACUACAGCGCCCGCAAACUACAACAGCAACAACUCAUGGGCUGUCCUGGACGACUAUCCUUGAUAAUGUCGGCGGUUAG